CAUUAGUCUGUCGGCCAACUUGUCAAAUUCUUGAUCGUCACCCUCCAGGCAAUAGCUUUUUGAUUCGAAGUCGGAAUGGAGAUCGAGUUUAUGGGAUUAUCGAUGUCGUUGACAUGGCUUCUGGCCAUGUUCACCCUCGGGCUCCUUGUCCUCUACGUUGGGUACACCACCUUCUGGACCCACGGCUAUUGGAAGAGACGCGGAAUUCCUUACGUACCCGCUCUUCCUCUGUUUGGAAAUCCACUCUUUACAUCGCCAAUUCCUCAGAAUUUCGAGGAGUGGGGACAAAAGUAUGGAAAGGUAUACGGGACAUACGCAUUCAGCACCCCCGCCAUUAUUAUCGCUGAUCCAGAGAUUCUCCGACACCUUCUGGUGAAAAGCUUCAAUAACUUCCACAAUAGAGUUAGCUUUCCGUCAAUCCCAGAGGAACUCCAAGGAAUGGUUUCCAUCGUUGAGGGCGAGCGCUGGAAGGAAAUAAGAAAUAUCCUAACCCCGACAUUCAGCGGUGCUAAAAUGAAACAGAUGUCCAAUCUUGUCAAUAGCGCCGCGGACAAUCUGGUGAAAUACAUUGGAAUGAAACAAAAAGAGAAAGGAUAUAUCGAAUGUCAAAACCUCUUUGGAGCUUACGUGAUGGACACCAUUGGUAGUUGUGCGUUUGGUCUCAACAUCGAUUCCCAGUCGGACCCCAACAGUCCUUUCGUUACCAAUGCUAAAAAGGCCUUCCAAUUCGACCUCACCAAUCCUUUCUUCAUCGUCGGAACUUUAAUCCCACCGCUUGGGAGGCUUUUCACUCGCUUCCGGCUUGGAAUGUUCAUUCCUGGAGAUGUGCUCGAUUUCUUUAAGGAGGUCAACAAUAAAUCCAUUGCGUUGCGAAAAAGCAUCAGCUCCGGGUCCGAUACAAAGAGGGUUGACUUUCUGCAGUUACUUCUCGAUGCGCAGAAGCAGGAAAACAUCAACAAAGUUUACAAACCCGAAGAGGAGGAGGAUGAGGACGAUAUCCAUGCUGAUUUGGACAAACAUCACGAUACCCAGUAUCACUCAAGGGGUAUGGGCAAGAAAAAGCCUCUGACAGACAAUGAUGUUUUGGCUCAGGCCCUGAUCUUCUUUACCGCUGGCUCCGAGACUACUACCACUCUCCUGGGUUUCAUCGCGUAUUCUUUGGCCACCAACCCUGAGGUCCAGGAGAAGCUCAUCCAGGAGAUUGACAAGAUGGCGCCCUCUCGUGACGACGUCGGGUACAAGUCAGUUGCCACCAUGCCUUACCUGGAUCAAGUGGUCUGCGAAACAUUGAGGUUGUUCCCACCUGCUGCGGUUUCAAACCGGAUGUGCAACGAGACAUUUGAGCACAAUGGCUUGACAAUCGAGAAAGGUACUCAAGUCUUCAUACCCAUGUACACUAUUCAUCACAACCCGGAAUACUGGCCCGAACCAGAAAAGUUCAUCCCUGAAAGGUUUACUAAGGAAGCACAGGCCAAGCAGCAUCCAUUUGCUUGGCAACCAUUUGGUGCUGGUCCUCGCAAUUGUAUCGGGAUGCGUUUCGCUCUCAUGGAAACCAAGAUGGCUGUUGUCCGCGUGCUUCAGAACUUCCGACUUGAGACAUGCGCACAGACAGAGAUUCCACCGAAGUUCAACCGAACCGGAUUUCUGUCACCUCCAAAUGGUAUUACACUAAAAACAGUGGCAAGGGCGGACAAGGCUGCGUGAAGAAUUAACUUACAAAUUAAAAAAAAGACAAAUAUUGAAUGGAUCUGAAAUGACUUACACUCGUGGAAACAUGCAUGCUUGUUGGGAAAAUUGAUACCAAAUACUUCUGUAAAUUUUUCGCAAUGUUGCGUUGAAAUUCACCCUUAAAACAUGCAUUUGCAUAAUAUGGAGGAAAGAAUUACCCAUCAAACGUGCAUGUCCCCUUUGUACCCGAUACUGUGUAAAUUUUUACUCAAUCUGUUUUUGAGUGUAGCUUUUCGAAUGAAUAUAAGACAUCAACAGAGAAUGAAAAUAGAUUACGAAGACAGAUAAAAUAUAUAUCUUACCAAUAGAAAGAGUUUAUCUUUACUAGCUAAGGUAGAUUAUGAAUAUAUUAGGCUUCUCAAAGUCGAAUUAUGGAAAAUAUUAUGGUGCAUAAUACAUUUUGUAUAUUAUUAGGGAUAGUGUUUGAAUCAACGAAAGUAAUAUACUAUAACUACUAUAACUAUUUGUAUUUAAUUGCGAAAAGAUGGUUGCUUUAAGAACUAGAAAUUGCAGAGGGAUGUGGGCAAAUCGCGAUAAACUGCAUUUAGUUCUUAUUCAACAAAUUACCAUGUUUAUAAUGAAAACAAUGCAAUUUAGUAUAACGUUUUAUUAAUCUGCAUAAACAUAUAUGCUUUAGCAGUUCAUGAAUAAGUGGGAUCACAGAAAUGGAGAAAAUGUUAAACAUAAUUAAUUGAACAUAUUUCCACAAUGAACUAUCUUAGUGGUUCAGGUUCGUGUAAAUAUUCAGCAUAUUUCUUCCUCCUGAAUUUGUCAAUAAGCACAGGAUUUGUCCAUAUAUUAUUCCUCGACAGAUUUAAAAUAGCAUGUAACGAUUCAAUCUUGAAGUCUAGAAAGUUCUGGCGUGAUUUGUUUUGCUUGAUGGAACUGGAUGGAAUUCUAACAAUAAACAUACCUUUUUCAUACUGACAUAUUCAUUGCAAAAUAUUAGUGUUUUAUACGUAAUAAACAAUUAGAUAAUUCA